GGCCUGAUGUUGCCUGUACAAAAUCCCUCAAACUGAGUAUAGGGACACAGAAUAAAUGUAUAUUACUUAAAAUAAUAUUUUUUGCUAUUAUAUGACUAUUUUCAAAGACACGAUAAAGCUUAGACAGAUUUUUGACCCUUGUUUUUACUGUAAUCUAUAGAAUUAAUUUUUAGAUAGGCGUCCUCAGAAGGGUCCAAUUUUGUUGACGUUCUUGCCGUUGGCUGUCUCGAGCUAGCUGCAUUUGUACCUUUUAAUUAUUGUGUUUCAUUGAUUUUCAAAUGUUCCGGUGAUUUUGUGAUACAGCAUACUGUUUAUUUUAGUCAAAUUCAAGUGAAAGAGACCGCCAAUUCAUGUUUUUCUUUUUCUUUUUUGUUAUUUUGUCGUAUCGUGCUUGUGGAUGAGGUAGCUGCUAGCUUGCUAGCUUGUUGUUAGCCGAAGACAAAUGUGAAACAGGGAGCUGUAAUUUCAUACAAAUCUUCUUUAAUUUAAAUUAUGUUGUGGAUAAAUUGUGAGUUGAUUUUAAAACCGCAGUUAAGUCGAAUAUUUUUGGACUAAAGUCAAACGAAUGAAUUGUGUUUGACUCCUGUGGUAUAAACAGUGAAUUCAAGUUGUUACUAUAGUCAUUGUUAGGAGAGUGUUUCCCUCUGAAAUCAGAAAAUAUGGACAAUAAAGCAUUCGACAUUGUGCUGGACGAAAUAAGAAAGUGCGUCCUGACUGAUCAGAGGGUCAGAGCUAUUGAGCAGGUGCAUGGAUAUUUCUCUAGUAAGCAGGUGAUGGACAUUUUAAAGUACUUCUCAUGGGCGGAACCUCAGAUCAAAGCUGUGAAAGCUCUGCAGCAUAAAAUGGUGGCGAUCCGUACCACUGAAGUUGCAAAUAUAUUGAACUGCUUCACCUUUACAAAGGAUCGACUUGUGGUCUUGGAACUCAUAGCUUUAAAUAUUUCAGAUGCUCAGAAUUAUCAUCCUGUAGAUGAAAUGUUUCGCACACAUUUGUCUGAAAAGAAGCGCGCUCGCAGGAUACUGGAGCAGGUGUGUAAGGUUGGCUGCAAGGCUCCUGUAGCCAUGAUCUCCUCUUGUGGAAUGAUACCUGGAAAUCCAUAUCCUAAAGGCAGACCCAGCCUGGUAACUGGAACUUUCCCUGGAAUCCCUCCAGCAAAGAAAGAAGGGGAGAAGAAAGAAGACACAAACAGUAUAGAGGGAAAAGGAAUUGCUUCACGCAUAACAGGACAAUUUAAACCUUUUCCUUCAACCUACAACCCUCAUCGGCCUGUUCCUUACCCCAUACCACCGUGCCGACCCCAUGCUACCAUUGCACCAAGUGCGUACAACAACGCAGGCCUUGUUUCUAUGGGAGGGGUAAUAACAGCCAACGUGCCCCCUCCCCCCUACACCUCUGCCCACAAAGUAGCAGGUUACAGACCAGGCAACCCACAGAACACAACACCUGGAGUCAACAGCGGGCCUCUUCCUAUUCCCCACGGGUCGACUCCCUCCACUCCUGUCCCACCCCAGUCUCCCGCCCAGCCUCUUCCCACAACUCCCAUCACACCUGUCUUUCCCGGCAUGGUGCCCUCCCACAACCCCAAUGCUCCUUCUCCGUCUCCGGCCCCAUCCCCGUCUGUGAUUAAAGCAGGACCCCAAACCCCCAGUGGCCAUACCACACCCACACCCUCCGUCAUUAAGGCCCACACCCCUUCAGGUACCCCCUGUGGAACCCCCGUCCCCAGUGGGAGGUAUUCCUCCUCCCCUUUCCACUCCGGAACAGACGCCGCUUCCCGGAGCGGCCAAGACUUCGCGCCCCAAACAAACUCCAUCGGUUCGGCACAGCAGAGGAGUUACUCUCAGUCUACAGACCACCAGUCAGCAUCCCCCUUCUCUGCCACACAUCAACAAGCAGGUAACCCCCCCGGGUCCGUGAUCCGGAGUUACACCCCGUCCAGACAAUCACCUCUCACUCCUGGGUCCACGUCAGCAAAUCCAAACUCUUCCACCCCCGGCCCCAGCCCCAAACCCUCCCCCCUUCACCAGGCUCAGGCUGUCGUUGCUGGAGCCCUGAACAGACACUCAGGGGGGAGUAACAGUGGGAGCAGCAGCCCCGUCCCCUCAGCCUUUAAGGGCACGUCACGUUCUGUUACUCCAUGCGUUGGCUCACUGGUGGCGUCAGGUUCUGCCCAGGCUGCCCUUGUGCGGUCCUUGGGUCUGUCGCACCCCUCUGUCUCUCCUCAAGUCUCUCUCCCGAGUCCUGUUGCCAUAGCGGGCCUCCAAGCUCUUUCUUCCAGCCCGGCACCAUCGCAUUAUCCGGGCUUGUCUCCUUUCCCAGCUCUGACUUCCUCUCACCCUGCGACCUCCCCGUCAGCUGUCCCGACAGCAGCUCCUUCAACCAACAUUUCCAACCACCCCGCCACAUCCAUGUACCCAGGCCUGGCUCCGAGCGCCGCUCCCAGUUCAGCCUCCGCGUUUGGUUUAGGCCUCAGCUCUGCACCUGUAUUCCCAGGAAUUCCCCCCGGUCCCAAUCCCACCUCUUUUGCUGGACUGGGCGUGUCGGGGGGGCACGGUGCAGGAAGCCCCGUGUUGUCUUCACUGAUGGGACUGUCAGGAGCAGCCCAGUCGUCGGUGGCGUCAGUCGCCCCCCUGCAGGCAGCUGCAGCCGGGGUCCCAGCAUCGUCCCCGGUGUUACCAGGUUUCGCCUCCGCCUUCAGCUCCAACUUCCAGCCGGGGUUGGGCAGCGGCCUCCAGCCUCCAGGAAGUAGUGGUUUCCCCGGUCUGCUGUCGUUCCCUGCAGUAGCAGGCUUCUCUCCCUCUGCUUCUCCUGCUGCACUCGGAGGCCUCCACAACCCAACCAUGCAGUCCGCUCUGCUGCAGGCUCAUCCUACCUCCGCUUUGGAAAGUUUUCCUGCUCAAGCCAACAGUUUUACCAACUACCCCCCAGGUCCAGGAAACCCUUUCCCACUCCAGCCAGGACUCCACCCCCAGCUGGGUUGGCAGUGAAGCAGACACCCCCCCUACCCCACAGAAACAGCACAUUAUUGCCCUGGAACUCUGAAGAAAACUGAAUUCAUUAUGGUUGGUGUUUUACAGAAAGACUUAUCCAUUACAACCAGCACUACCCUUCAGUUUGGGUGGAGGUGGCUCGUGUUUCUAUUAUUUUAUGUAGAAAAUAAUGUGACUGUUUAAACACGACUCGUUAAAAACUUUAGGUUUUUGAAAAUAGUUGUUUUGCUAGUCUGCUAGCCUGACCUCCCUGUUUUUUUUUGUUUAAAUGAGCUGUAUAAUGAAAUGUAUGAAUUCUGAACUGUAUCACGACGUUCUGUUUCACUAAAGAGGAAAAAGUGGAUUGCUCUGUAUUUAUUACUAUACUGUGACAUUUUACUGACUAACAGUUUUACUGUAUGCAGUUACUUUUUUGGGGCGGUUUGCUGUGAUUUUACAUUUAGCAUGUUUACAAAAUGAACAAAAAUGACAUGCAGACUCAGUUACAGCAGGAUGUGAAACUCCCUCUGUGAAUAUUCCAAAAACGACGGGCUUGAAAAACAAAGUAGUAACAUUUCAAGUUUGCAGCAGCUUAGAAUUAUACAUUAGUCGUGUGAGGGAUGGUAUAGUAACAUUGACCUGAUGGAGAAUAGUCCUCCAAAGUUUUUUUAUUGAUUUUUUUUUUAUAUUUCUCCAGUAAUCUUCUGGUUGUCAUAGAUAUAAUUGUACUUGUAGUCUGUGAUGCUUUGGCUGUCACCUAAAUAAAAUUACUAAAAUA